CUGUCGGAGUAUGUCACUAACGUACUGGAAGAAGACUCAAUGGAGCAGGACAUAGAGAGCCCUGUCGCUAUUCAUCAGCCAAAGUUGCCCAAACAAGCUAGAGAGGAUCUGCCAAAAAAUAUAAACAAAGAUUGUGCCAAGAGAAAAAUCCAGAGGUAUGUUAGGAAAGAUGGGAAAUGCAACGUCCACCAUGGGAAUGUCAGAGAGACUUACCGUUACUUGACUGACAUCUUCACUACCUUAGUCGAUCUCAAGUGGAGGUUCAACCUGUUGAUUUUUGUCAUGGUUUACACUGUGACCUGGCUCUUCUUUGGAAUGAUAUGGUGGUUAAUUGCCUACAUGCGAGGAGAUAUGGAUCAUGUAGGGGACAGCACGUGGACCCCAUGCGUCAGCAACCUCAAUGGGUUUGUCUCAGCCUUUUUAUUCUCAAUCGAGACAGAAACCACCAUUGGGUAUGGUUACCGGGUCAUCACGGACAAGUGUCCCGAGGGAAUUAUUCUGCUUUUAGUGCAGUCUGUUUUAGGUUCUAUCGUCAACGCUUUCAUGGUUGGCUGCAUGUUUGUGAAAAUAUCCCAACCCAAGAAGAGGGCAGAAACCUUGGUUUUUUCUACAAACGCAGUUAUUUCCAUGCGGGAUGGAAAGCUGUGUCUGAUGUUCCGAGUAGGAGACCUUAGGAAUUCACACAUUGUAGAGGCAUCAAUACGAGCCAAGUUGAUCAAAUCCAAACAGACAAAGGAGGGGGAAUUUAUACCACUCAACCAGACAGAUAUCAACGUAGGUUAUUACACAGGGGAUGAUCGUCUCUUUUUGGUUUCACCACUGAUCAUCAGCCAUGAAAUUAACCAGCAGAGUCCUUUCUGGGAGAUUUCCAAAGCCCAGUUGCCCAAAGAGGAGCUAGAAAUUGUUGUAAUCCUAGAAGGAAUGGUGGAGGCAACAGGUAACAUUUCUUAUACUUUGUAUAAG